AUGACUUUGCUGCACAAUUGCAACAAGAAAUCUAUGAAGCAAACUACAUUCCCAAAGGAAAAUGACGCAAUUCCUCUCGGUAUUUCAAAAGAAGAUUAUGAUGCCGCUUUGAAGACGCAACGAAUGUAUGAUGAGAACAAGGUCUUGGGAAAUAAUUACGAAGAUAUUGUUCCUCGUAUGAGCAACAUGACGUUUGAACAUUGUGAAGAUCGUAAAGUGGACGAAUAUUUAAAUAAAGGCAAAGAUUGGAAUGAAGGGUUCGACGGAAAAAAAUUUUCUCAAAGAGAUAUGAAUAGUGUCGACGACGACGAUCCACCACCUUAUUACAACUUUUCCAGCAGACCCCAUAGUAGCGGCGAUUAUCCUCGAAAGCCUACAUAUAACAGCAAUGCUAACGAUUAUCCUCGAAAGCCUACGUAUAACAGCAAUGCUAACGAUUAUCCUCGAAGGCCUACGUACAACGGCAAUUAUUAUGAUUAUCAUCGAAAUCCUACGUAUGCUGGCAAUAUCAACGAUUUUCCUCGAAAACCUAUGAGUAACGAAAAUUCCCGUGAUGGUUACUAUUAUGACAGCAACGACCAUCGGCGUAAUAGUAAUCGCCAUAAUCUUAAUAAUAAUUUUUUCCCAAGGUCUGCAUUUAACGAUUAUUUUGGUAGUAACCGCCGUGACAGUAACGAUUAUUACGACAAUGAUAAUCACAAACCUUAUCAAAGACCUGCACGAACUAAGAUUAACCUGCCUGGAAAAGAGCAGCGUGUUUUUAAAAUUCUUUUAUUAGGUGGAACAGGAACUGGAAAAUCCACCAUUAUCAAUACAAUGACAAAUUACUUUUUAGGUGGUACUUUAGACAAUAUAAAAAUUGUUAUCCCCUCAAAAUUCUAUAAAGUUACCGAAACAGAGUUCACUAAUGAACAUUCGGAAGCUAAAUUGGAUGAUGUAACAAAGAGUCAAACUACAAAAUGUCACGAAUACACUUUUAAUCAUCCAAUCAAUCCUAAUUACAAAUUUAUCUUCAUUGAUACCCCUGGACUGAGUGAUACGAAUGGUGUAAAGCAAGACGAUCAAAAUAUUCAAGAGAUAAUAAAUACUGCAAUUUCUGCUGGUUCACUAUCGGCUAUUGUGAUUAUCGCAAAUGGAACCGAAGCUAGGGUUACGCCAUCGAUUAAGAAUACCCUAGUUCUGUUAGCAAACAACCUUCCCGAUGAAUUAGUGGAUCGUAAUUUAAUUCUUGUUUUAACAAAGUGCGCAAAAAGCAGUGCUUGUUUCUCGAAAGAUGCCUUUGCAAAAGAAAUAGCAAACCCAAAGCAUAUUUUUUAUAUGGACAAUCAAGCUUUUUGUACAAAUCCACAAGUGUGGAAACAUGACGAGGAUGAACGUCAUACAGUUCAAUUUCACUGGGACAAGUCUAUUAGGACGAUCGAUAAUUUGCUGGUUUCAAUUACCGAACUUUCUUCUACUUCAACUCAAGCUUUUGAACAAAUGAAAAGCUAUAGGAACAAAAUCAAGUCUGAAAUCGCUAAAGUGACACAAGAUAUCUCAAAUAUUCAACAAGUUCAAGAUUCACUUGAAGCUGCCCAAAAGGCUUUGCAGAAAACUGGAGACAAAAAAAAUUCAUUUUCCAACUACACAAAAACAGAAACAAUGUCAAUUAAAAAAUUUGUUAAUGUUGAUUACUAUAGUACCGUUUGUACACUUCAUUUUAAGAAUGAAAUCAUUUGUCACCAAAAUUGUGGACUUGAGUUUGAAUCCAAUCACGGAACCGACCAUUUUAGGUGGUGUUCCUGUAUGGGAUCAAAUUAUUUAUGCAUCGAGUGUGGAUGUGGGCCCUCAAGCCAUUAUCAUGACAAUGUUGCAUUAUCCGAGGAGACGCAAACGAUUAAUACAAUUCUUGAAGAUAUUAAAGCGCAGUACGAUAGUGCAAGUCAACAAUAUCAGAAACACAGCAGUGACGCAAACAAUUACCAAUCAUCACUUUCGACUCUUCAAGCCGCUGCCAAUGCCAAGUACGAGCUGAUUCAUAAACUAUGCAAUGACUUAAGUAAAAUUUGUUCGCGGUUUAACUUUGUUGAUGAGCUUCAUGCGAAUAUUGAAAGUAUGAAACAAGAUUCAAGAAUAAUUCAGAAUACUAAUAUACGACAAAAUGCUGAAAUGGAGAUCAAAAGGCUUGAAAAAUUAGCAAAUGAUUUGUCGUCUAAAGGACGCAGAUUUAAUUCUUAA